CUUCUUUUUCUUUUUUUCCAGAUUGCAGACGAGACCUUUAUAAGCAGCUAUAAGACAAAAAGGAUACUCGACCCCACUACGCCUGUAAAAUAAAAGCCAACAAAAGAAUACAACAAACGCUUCAGACAAAACCCGAUAAGAGCCCACCACAAAGGGGAAAGAACAAAACUCAAAACAACCAAACAAAAAAACGAAACGUAACAUAAAGACGGAACAAAGCAAAUAACAAUUUCGAAGAAACUAAAGCUCGUCUUGAGGCAACAAUUGCUGAAAUUGUUUUUUUCUUGUCGAAUUUUCCCAACGAGUUGGAAAGCAAAUACAAGACAAUAGGAAAUUACUUUCGGUGCAAAAGUUCGCAGCGAGAAAGAAAAGGUUAGCCGAGAAGAGAAUUCGUAAGCCAGCGAAAAGGGUUAUAAGUUAGCUGCUGACAACAUUGACGUCCACAGGAGCAGCAAUGGGUUUUUGCGCUCUUGCUGUCCUUGUGCUAGCAAGCGGGGUGGUGUGUGCCAGUGUCUAUGCCUACCCUCCCAAUUACUCGGAUGAACCACCUGUGAUCAAUGCCAAUGGGGAUGGCGACUAUGACGGAGGCGGUGGUGGCGGUGGUUAUAUGAUGCCACAGUUCCAUCACGGUUACGCUCAACUGAUGCAACAACAUUAUCAAGAACACAACAAGGCCUCUGCCGCACUCACCGCUGUUUCGAAGAAAACAACAACCUCAACAACAGGCGCGACAAGACCAGCUGCAAUAUCCGCAACAACGACAGCAAACAAACCACCUUCUCUUCAACCUGCCUUCGUUUACAGCGCCCAAGUGCCGGCCCACAUUGAACCGGAAGCCAACAAGGUGGUCAAUGCCGUUAAGCUCGCCAGCUCCACGGUGGCAGCAUCAUCGGUUCACCAUCCACCAUCAACGUCAUCAUAUCAAACAAGCGGCUAUGGCAGCUAUGGCACGAGCUCAUACCAAGAUAUGAAUCCUAAUGACAAUGUCGAGCAGUAUGGCGACUUGUCAAAGAAACACAAUGUCGGUUCCAGUCCUGCAGCAGUUGCGGUUAUUUUAAACGGCGAUCAACCAGAAUUCACAGAUGCCUUAGGCCAAAAGGUACCCAAGCCUCAACCAUCUCUGCAAGUUGCCAGCCCAAUUGAUCUGUUGAACCCGGAUCGCUAUGAAUUCUAUACGUUCGAUGAAAACGGCGAACUUGUCAAACGUCUGAUGACUAUGGAAGAAAUUCAAAGUAUUGUUGCAAAUGGCGACGGUGAGGGGCCAGCUAUUAUCCACCACGGACCGGUAGAAGAUAAAGAUCCCGAGAAAAAUGUUCAAGACAUUGUCAACAGCGUACAAGAUGUCCUCAACAAAGAAGUGGAGUCAAACAAAAAUAGCACUUCCAAUAUUUUACCAGCUUUGGAUACUCCAGACGUUUCCUCUUCAUGGUCCAUGAUUCUUCCGGCAAUAUUCGGCAAUACCGGCAGUGUAGACAUAUUCCCACAACAAAAACCUCAACAAAUAGUUAUGACUCCAGAUAGCGAAAUUAUGGAAACUACAUCAGAUGCGCCUGUAUCUACAACCACUACACAUCCUAAGCCCAGCAAACGUAGACCGGGUCAGAAACGUAAAACAAGCACAACUACGACAACGGAAAUGACUCCCCAGGUCAUCCAAGAGGAACUGGAUUCCCACGAGUCUGUGUACACAGGCAUGCAGCAGUACCAACACUUGGCUGCUUCCAUGCAAAACUAUGGAGAUUUCUCACAAAUUCACAUGCAGCCCAUUUAUCACAAAUUGCCCGAACAAUUACAGAUUGAAUCGACAACGAAGCGUGUUUUCAUUAACAACCAGGAAGUAGUCCAGAGACCAGCCGAUGAUGAGGUGAUUUUGGAUGAAAAUUUGGCCAAGAAACCGCCACAAAUUCAACGCAAACCGUCACCACCACAUAGGGUUAAGAAGCCUAAUGGCGGUCAAUCCACAACCAAACGUCCGCAGACUACUAAACAAAAGACUAAGAAGAAGCCUACCACAACAACAACUAUUUCUCCGGAAACCACAACAAUGGCUGAGACAGUGUCUCCAACACAACCAACUCCUAUAACUACAACAACCACCACCAUAACUACUACCACUGAGUCUGUCCAAGCUACAACGGUGCCCAUUACAUCUUCUCCGCCCAGUACUACUUCUGCUACUAAAAAGAAGAAACGCAAGCCCACACGCCAACCCAUCCAUUCCCACCCCACCAGUACUGAUGGUACUUCUACCACCGCACAAUUACCAUCUACAACGGAGACAACAACAGCAGGUGUUGAAGAAGAGCCCAUAACAACGACAUCAACAACAACGUCUGCUCCCUCGCCUAGUACUACUGUUGUCCCUAAAAAGAAGAAAAAGAAACCCACUCACACACCCAUCCACCAUUCUACCAUCGCGGAUAGUACUUCUACAACAACAACUCCCUUGCCAUAUACAACUGAGACAUCAACAACGCCUGUCGAAGCGGAACCCACGACUACAACAACAUCUGUCCCUGAAGUUGAACCUCCUACUCAGACAAGUACUACAGCUCCAAAGAAGAAGAAGAAGAAGAAGCCCACUCGUCAGCCUAUUUCAACAGCAGCAUCCACAGAAUCGCAUGAUUUACGCAAGCCUCAUCCUCACAGACAUAAGCCUCCACAUGGUACACCCCCGACAGGAGACUUAGCCGCCGAAGGAACCGCACACCAAGAGAUCGCACACAACAAAUACCAACAAGUGUCUCAUCACAGGCCACGACCCAAGCCACAAAAACAUACAACUACUACCACGACGAAACCAACCACUUCCACAUCCACGCUUCCUCCAACCACCACAGUCGUAUAUGCACCCGUGCCCGAGGAAACCACUUCAACGACACAAAAACCAACUCUGAUUGUUGAGGAAUUCCCCGGCUAUCAACCACCAGGUAUGGUCACAUCUACAUCAAAGCUCGCCGAGGUAACUAAACAGUCCACAACAACACCCACCACACCGACAAGCUCCGGCACAUCGGGAUAUCCUAUACCAUCUUAUGUUUUGACCAUCGAUGCUGUCGAGGAAUCAAACAAUCACCAGUUACAGAAGGAACCUCAACCAUCCAUGGCUACAAUGCAACAUGUUACAUUGAAACCUUACGACCAAGAUAUUCACGCAAUGCAGUCAUUCGAUCAAAUACUAGAGUCGCUCAAACAGCCGCAAUUGACACAUAAGGUAGAUUCCACACCAGAACCCACAAAAGCCCCAAUUAAACCAGUGAAGUAUGACAGUGCUGAAAAUAUGGACCAAUUAGAGGAAAUGGCCAAUAAACAUAUGGUACCAAUGGCCAGCCUACCCAAUCUAUCCAAUUAUGGAAGUAAUAAUAAUAAUGAAGAGUUGGACAACACAUUCACUGAACCCGCAACCGAUGGAUCGGUAGAAGAAAUGGACACUGAUGUAUCGACAGCAUCAACUAUGAUUGAGCCGGAGGAAACUACAAUUGCGGAUGUAGCCGACAAUAAAUCAGAUGUCACAAUGACUAACCGUUAUGAGGACAUCACAAUACAUUAUACCACUGAAGAGGAUCGGACAAAUGCUGAAAAUAAAAACCCGACUGAGGAUCCAGGUGUGAUUUCGGAUACAACUGAAUCGGAAUCCAACCAACGCAUGACGGAAACUAGCACAGAUAUUGAAGCUCCAACUGAGGUGACGACACAAGAGAUUUCUGAAAAGCUUUUCGAUGAUGACACAAAAGAAACUACUGAAACUACCGAAGUCACUAUGGAUGAGGAAACGACUACUCUCCUUCAUUCGCAACAUGAUGGCGUCGAUAUUCAGGAAGCCCACACAAUUACCACAGACAUCGCCAUAAUGCAACCGCAGUUCAACUAUGGCGAGACCACGACCAGUUCGGACGAAACCUUGGAAGAAUCUUCGUCAAUGGGACAAACCAGGCUUCCAGUUGCCAAACCUUCGAAGCACAACGAUGACUUGAUGGACGACGACAAAGCCGAUGGAAAUCAACCAAUUCUUGUGGCAGAUCUAAAGCCACACCUGAACCUGGAGGUUGUCAAGCCCUCGUCACAAAUCAGUAUGUCAGAUUUCCAAACGCAAGCGGCUACUGUCGCUUCAACCCUUGUAGACGGCACUAAUACAAUGGCCGUGGACUACAACAUGAUGAGUUCGAAUGAAACCAAAGAUGAGAUCGCCUUCCUAAUGUCCGAUGUUAUAAAACAGAUGGCAAAUAAUCCGAAUAUGGCGACCAGCAACGAUGUCAAACCGGUCUACCAUACCGGUGACCAUCACUAUUCCUCUACUCACCAGAGUGUACCCAUGCCCAUUCAGCAGAAUUAUAACAACGAUAAUUUCGAAUCCAAUGGUGGUCAUGGAUGGGCUGCAAGCAGCGAUGAUUACACCUUGGGCAGCAACGGUCACCAUUCCACAACAACUCACCAGAGCGUACCCAUGCCCAUAGAGCAGAAUUAUGCAAAUGACAAUUUCCAAUCGAACGGCGGCCAUGGAUUGUCCAUACCCGAUCAGGUCGAUCGCUACACAAAUAUUGCCAAACUGAACACAUCAUUCCUCUUGUCCGACAAAGGUGAACUGCCCAGCUUGUUGAACACAUAUGGCAACAACGAAGCCAGUGUAGAUGACUUGGAUGAGGACAGCUACGAAAAAAUGGAGAACCCCUAUGCUACAACAACAUUAGUUACCGACUCCUCUUUGAACGAAGAAAAUAGUUACACCACAAUCAAAAUCACAGAAAAAGAGGAAGAAACAUCAACACCGUUAACGGUAGAGGGAGAUAAUGAGAAGACAACUGAGGCUCAAUUCGAAUAUACUACCCCCAUAUCGGAUACGACCGAAUCAAACGAAGAAUCUUCUUCUAGCCAGGAAGAAUCUACCACAAUCACACCAAGUCAAGACGAAAUUCACAGCGAAGAAGGUACCACAAAUCAGAUGAAAAAUGAAUCCACAGAAAUGCCGCUAAAUUCCGAGACCAUAACAGUUGCUGAUACUACUGAGGAUAACAUAUCAGUCAUGACGUCUGCAGAAGAAGCAACAACUACCCCCUUAGCGCUGGCUGAAACUGAAUCCACCGAAGAAGUUCAAUUGCCAGCCCUUUCUCCAACUUAUGGGGAAGAACAAAAGCUGGAGGAUUCUGAUGAUAGGGAGGCUCUCUUUGAAGCUGAUAGCGCCACUGACACAACGACACAAGUCAAUAACAUAUCUCAAGAAACUACCGAGUCAUCGUGGGAAAUGGGCGGCGACGAAAACAAAACUACCGAAGCUGAAGAGUCAUCUAUGCACGCCAUCGAAAAUGAUGAAAACAUGAGUGAACGAAACGUAGAGGAGAGCAAUGACCCGGAAACAGUGACAGUUGCGCCAAGCGACACAGAUAGUUCCGCAAAUGACCAAUUCGAAGAAACAACCAGUGUUACAGAAAGUAGUGAUGAAGAAAUCGUGGGAACCGAAUCGGCCACUAUUAAAGUGGAGUCCUCCGAAGGACAAGAGGAAGCUAAAGUUCCCGAAAGUAUUACAGAUGCCACCGAAAUGUUUACCGAGUCUGAGCAAGAUUCCUCAACGACCGUGGAAGAUAAUCAGGAUACCAAUAAGGAAAUGGCUGAAAUAUCUUUAGAUAACGCUACUGUCCAGGACGACCUCCGCUCUGAAGAGGCCUCGACGGAUUCAUCAACUGUGGAAAAGGAUGAAGACACAACCACAACCGAUAUUCCAGUUGAUACAACAACUGAAAUCCAGGAUGAACCUACAACAACAAAAAUUGGACAGAAGGAGGAGGACGAAGAUACCACCACUAUCAACUACCCUAUGAGCGAAGAAACAUCAGAAGAACUAAAUGCAAUGAUUUCCGAAGAGGAUGAAACCGGCGAACUAAUCGACGGAGAUCCCUAUGUUAAAUUGGGAGAAACAACAACACCGAAACCAAUUGAAUCGGCAACUCUUAAGGUCGAGGACUAUAAUCAUGUGGAAGUGAAGAACGAUGAAUCGCCCUCAAACGAAUCGCAAAUCACGAUCAACGACGAAUCAAACGUUUCUGCCGAUUUAUCACCUGAAGAAAUAACCAAACCUGCCACUGCAACUAAUGUGGAGGAGGGUGUUGUUAAACAACCCGACCCAAGUGCUGAAGAUGUUCCCAUGUUGGCGCCACCCAAGCCCAUCAACACCAUCGUCUCAUAUGAUAUUCCAACUGUCGGCUCGCAUCCAGGGACACAAAAUGACAACGAAGGAGAAAGCUUUGAAGGAUCCGAUGAAGAAGAUGAGGACGAUCAAACGGGAUACCAGCCACCUAAGUUGCCAUCAAUAACAACAAGAAUUUCCACCACAACCAGUACUACUACAACACCAAAACCUACUGUGACCACCACCCGACGUCUAAAUACCCUAAAACCAGUUUCCUAUUUCAAUAAGCAACCCGCCUAUGCCUUGUAUCAGGAUUCUGUCGAGCCUUUGUACAACAAACAACCUAUGCCGGUACAAGCACAGCUGCAGCCUCAAACACAAGAAAAUAUUCCAAACAAAGUCAUCAGCUACAGUGCUGUUACCCCGCAGCAACGUCCCAUGCAAAGACCGCCUCAGCUCAGCAAUCUAAUGAUAGCAUCUUCCCAAGCCACACGGCCACCGGUCAAAAUGGAACCCUCGCCUAGCGGUUCCAAGGGCCUCGAAGCCUCUGUGGCCAACUUAGAUGAGGAUAUUCAAGCAUUUGCAAAACUCUGCAACGAGUUGGCGUUCAGUUAUUGGAAAUCAAUUACUUCGGAAAAAAUAAGUUCGGCCAGAAGUCUUGUGAUAUCUCCAUUUGCAUUGACCUCCAUGCUGUCAAUGGUGUUCUUGGGCGCUCGAGGUAGCACUUCAGGCGAGAUGAAUGACGUACUGAAGUUGGAUGACAUGGUCACAUUUAAUCCACAUUUAGUCUUCAAAAAUAUUACAGACUCCGUCGAGAGGGCCAUGGAUAGUGACAUUGCCACAACGGCCUUUGUCCGCGAAGUCUUCAGUGAUCGCGCCAAUGGCAAAAUAUUGCAGUUCUUCAAGGAGAAAACUCAACAGCUGUACGCCGGUCACGUCGAAGAAGUAAAUUUCCAUGUGGUCAAUGACAUUAUCCGCCGGCGAACCAAUCUCCUUGUGAAGCGUCACACCAUGGGCAAGGUUUUAGAAUACCUGCGCACAAAUAGUGUUUGGGUCAAUGGCCCCUUGGCAACCAUAUCAGCCAAUCUCUUCCAAACUGACUGUUCUCGGGGAUCUACACAGGAUCGGGAUGGUGAAAUAUUCUUCCAAGUUCAUCCAACGGUGCGACAACGACGACUUGUGCCAAUUCCCGCUGUCCUGUUCAAGAGUGGUUUUACAGCCGGUUUCGAACCGAAUUUGGAUGCCACCGUUGUUGCUUUUGGUCGUAUACAGGAUACUGUGAGUAUGAUUUACGUAAUGCCUGGCCAACAAAGCACAAUAUCGCCAUCGGAUAAUUUAGACCGCCUCGAGAAAGAACUGAUGGAAACAGCCAUCUCCAAGAAUGCCUGGAGCAAUUUGUUGACAUCACUUAUGGAUCGUCCUGGCAUGGAAGUCAAACUGCCGCGAUUUUCUCACAGAUCCUUUGUUAAUGCCACACUUGGUUUGCAAAAGAUGGGUCUCAAAGGACUCUUCAAGUCGGACUACGCCGAUCUCGGCGGCCUAACUGGUUCCCCCAAUCGCGACAUAUACCUAUCGGACAUGAUUCAAAUCAAUACGUUCAGCACAUGCGGCGAAGAGAAAAUCGCAGAUCAUCAUCAUGUUGAAAUGUAUCCAGCGCCACCAUUACGCAAGCGCAAUAAGGACGUCGAGGCCCACGACGAUGACGACUUUGACUCGUCGGAAGCCGUCAUUGAUUUCGGUUCCCUCGUACAAGAUUCUGCCUUGGGACGUGGCUUCUACGACGACCUAUUGGAUCCUAAAUAUUUGGAAUUGCCCUUGCCGCUGAGGCCGCGACAAGCCCGAGUACCCGAUGCCCCCAGGAUUCGGUUCGACAAGCCUUUCCUGUACUUUGUCCGCCACAAUCCCACAGGCAUGAUUCUCUUCAUGGGUCGCUUCAAUCCCCGACUCUUGCCGUGAGCGUGAAUCUCUCGAACUGAUUAUUAAUUCUCAAAAUAGAUUAAUUCGUGUACAUUUAAGCUCAACUAACUCGUUUCCUUACCAGGUUCUUUAUUUCAGAUUUAUAGCAUAUUAGUUAA